CCCGGGGCCCGGCCGCCCAGCGCGAGUCACCUGGCGGCGGCACCGCGCGGCUUUUGUUGGCCCCGCGCCCCAGACGGACUCUCUCAGAGGUUGGCCGGCAGCGCGGGCCUAGCGGCAGCGUGGACCGGCUCCCCUGCGGGAACCUUCGGUCUGAACGUGUCCGUGCCUUGUCUCGCACUCCCGCAGUGUCCUGCCGGCUCCGUGCUGCUGACCGGGCUCCUCGUCAUUCUGUGAUCGUUAAUGUGACAUAAGGUCCUGGAAGCGGGAACAGAAUAGCUGCCUGGGGCGGGGGUGGCUCUGUACCCUCUUCCAGAGACGCCUCGUUUACUGCGGCACACUGCGUUCCCCCCGUCGCCAGUGGACGUUUAAACAGUGCGAGAUUCGGCGGGCUCGGAGCGGCUGCGCCCCUCCGGCCUCGGAACGCCUCGAUCGCGGAACCGCGGACACGGGCUACGGGUCCCGCCCGGCCCCGCCGUGGGGAGCGCGCUGCCGGGACCGGCCCGCGCGUGACGUCAUCAGGGGCUGCCACGGUGCAGACGCACCUUGCCGUGUAAGACCAACCUCACGGGCGCUUCCGCCAAGAAAAGUAGUGCAAGCGGCAUUUUCCGUUCCGCCGUCGGUGGUGCUGCGCCGCGCUCUCGCCAUCCCCGCCCCGUUCCCGCCGAAUCCGGCGCUGCCGCGCUCCCACCCGCGGUCGGGAGAGCCUGCGGGGUCGCCGGGGCCGAGCCGGCGCGCGGAUCCCUCCGCCUGCGGUAUCGGUGCUGCGGCCGCGCCGCCGCCAUUUUGAAUGCCCGGCUCCGUCCGCCGCUGCUGCUGCAGGGACCGGCCUGAGGAUGCCAGCCCCCAUCAGACUGCGGGAGUUGAUCCGGACCAUCCGGACAGCAAGAACCCAGGCAGAAGAGCGUGAGAUGAUCCAAAAGGAAUGUGCUGCUAUCCGGUCAUCCUUCCGAGAGGAAGAUAACACAUACCGAUGCAGAAAUGUGGCAAAGCUGCUGUAUAUGCACAUGCUGGGAUAUCCUGCACAUUUUGGACAGUUGGAGUGCCUCAAGCUUAUUGCGUCUCAGAAAUUCACAGACAAGCGCAUUGGGUAUUUAGGUGCCAUGUUGCUGCUGGAUGAGAGACAGGAUGUUCAUCUUCUUAUGACCAAUUGCAUCAAGAAUGACCUUAAUCACAGCACGCAGUAUGUGCAGGGGCUGGCACUUUGUACUCUUGGCUGCAUGGGUUCCUCAGAAAUGUGCAGAGACCUUGCAGGAGAGGUGGAAAAGCUCCUCAAAACUUCCAAUUCCUAUCUUAGGAAGAAGGCAGCAUUGUGCGCUGUUCAUGUCAUCAGAAAGGUGCCUGAACUUAUGGAAAUGUUCCUGCCAGCCACCAAAAACUUGCUGAACGAGAAGAACCAUGGUGUUCUUCACACAUCAGUUGUCCUCCUCACAGAGAUGUGUGAGAGAAGCCCAGACAUGCUUGCACACUUUAGAAAGAAUGAAAAGCUUGUUCCCCAAUUAGUUCGUAUUCUGAAGAACCUUAUCAUGUCUGGAUAUUCACCAGAGCAUGAUGUGUCUGGGAUCAGUGACCCCUUUUUGCAGGUACGAAUCCUGCGGUUACUAAGAAUUUUAGGGAGAAAUGAUGAUGAUUCUAGUGAAGCAAUGAAUGAUAUACUUGCACAGGUUGCCACUAAUACAGAAACAAGUAAAAAUGUGGGAAAUGCCAUUCUGUAUGAAACUGUGCUGACUAUUAUGGAUAUAAAAUCUGAGAGUGGCCUGAGAGUCUUAGCCAUUAACAUCCUAGGCCGUUUCUUAUUAAACAACGACAAAAAUAUUAGAUAUGUAGCUUUGACGUCAUUGUUGAAAACUGUGCAGACAGACCAUAAUGCAGUACAGCGGCACCGAAGCACCAUUGUGGACUGCCUGAAGGAUCUCGAUGUCUCCAUUAAAAGGCGUGCGAUGGAACUGAGUUUUGCUCUUGUUAAUGGGAACAAUGUUCGUGGAAUGAUGAAGGAGUUACUGUAUUUCCUAGAUUCUUGUGAACCAGAGUUCAAGGCAGACUGUGCAUCUGGAAUAUUUCUUGCAGCUGAAAAAUAUGCUCCUUCCAAGCGCUGGCACAUAGACACAAUUAUGAGAGUCUUAACAACGGCAGGAAGUUAUGUUCGUGAUGAUGCUGUUCCUAAUCUGAUCCAGUUAAUAACUAAUAGUGUGGAGAUGCAUGCCUACACUGUGCAGAGACUCUACAAAGCCAUCCUUGGAGAUUACUCCCAGCAACCCCUGGUACAAGUUGCCUCCUGGUGCAUAGGAGAGUAUGGAGAUCUUCUGGUGUCCGGUCAGUGUGAAGAGGAGGAACCAAUACAGGUAACAGAGGAUGAAGUUCUUGAUAUUUUAGAAAGCGUCCUGAUAUCUAAUAUGUCUGCAUCUGUGACACGAGGCUAUGCUCUCACUGCCAUCAUGAAGCUUUCCACAAGGUUCACCUGCACUGUCAAUCGCAUUAAGAAGGUGGUUUCCAUCUAUGGCAGCAGCAUUGAUGUGGAGCUACAGCAGAGAGCUGUGGAAUAUAAUGCACUUUUCAAGAAAUAUGAUCACAUGAGGCCAGCACUUCUUGAGAGAAUGCCAGUAAUGGAGAAAGUCACCACAAAUGGCCCUGCUGAGAUUGUACAGACCAAUGGAGAGACAGAGACAGCAGUACUGGAAACCAAACCUCCACCUUCUGGAUUGCAGCCUGCUAACCAGGCAAAUGAUUUAUUGGACUUGUUGGGGGGAAGUGAUAUAACACCUGUAAUUCCCACUGCACCUACAAGCAAGCCAGCCACUGCUGGUGGGGAGCUGCUUGACCUCCUGGGAGACCUCAACCUAACAGGUUCUCCAGUAUCUGCCCCUGCACCCCAGAUAGCACAGCCUCCGUUCCUGCUCGAUGGACUUACAUGUCAGCCUCUCUUCAAUGAUAUUGCUGCAGGAAUCCCCUCCAUUACUGCAUACAACAAGAAUGGGCUGAAGAUUGACUUCACCUUUGAGAGGUCGAACACCAACCCUAGUGUCACUGUAAUCACGAUACAGGCCUCCAACAGCACAGAGCUGGAUAUGACAGAUUUUGUUUUCCAAGCUGCAGUUCCAAAGACAUUCCAGCUGCAGCUUCUGUCUCCCAGCAGCAGUGUCAUCCCUGCAUUUAAUUCUGGGACCAUCACACAGGUCAUUAAAGUCCUGAAUCCACAGAAGCAACAACUACGUAUGCGGAUCAAGUUGACAUAUAAUCACAAGGGCUCAGCAAUGCAGGAUCUAGCAGAAGUGAACAACUUCCCCCCUCAGUCUUGGCAAUGAGGCUCUGGCACCAUUCUUAUUCUCAUCCCACCCAAUCAAAAGAACUCUGGGAAGAAGGUUGUGAUCCUUGGCAAUCCCCCAAACUGCACCAUGGGCAUGGGGAACGAAAGAGACCUGCUGAUGAGGAGGAAUUUUCCUGAAGUGAUUGCUGACUCUGAAGCAUAUCUGUUAAGAUUAAUCUCCUCUCCUCUGCUGAUGAGGCUGGUGGCUUGUGGAGGCUACUGUGCACUCCCUCACACAUGCAUUCACAGCCAGAAGCAACAUUCCCUUCUCCCCUUCCCCACCCUCCUUCCCCCUCAAAAAGGAACAUAGCCUGGUUGGAAGAGAAGUCUGGAAUUUCUAGCAGGGAAACUUUCUUCUCUCUGCAGCAAGUGAGCAGUUGCUCCUUCUUUCUGCUGUCUUUUUUUUCCCGGGGGUGGGUAAGGUGUGUUGUCAUUCAUUUCUAGCUGGAUUCCUUCAGGCAUUUUCAUCUGGGACUCAGAUGGGGUCUUGAGGAAUGCCAGGCUGCCCUUCGUCUUUCUUCUUGUAUCCUCUAGGUCUUAAGGGGCUGGAGGCUUCUUAUGACCUACUCAGUGCAUUAUUGUAUACACGCACUUCUUAGUUAUGUGCUGCAUACCAAGAGCAAGUGAGGCCUUUGGAGUUCAUCUGCAAACCUGGAACACAGUGCAGGAGAAGAGGUGCUGGUAAGAGUUGGUAAAAUUGCUUCGGUGCUGUACUUGGAAAUGAAGCCCUUACACCUGAAUUUUCUUUCCUUCCAUCAGUAGGCACAGCCAUGCAGAUUCAGAGUCUUCUGUAGCUUCCCCAGACAGUGAAGUGAGUUAUGAGAGAUGUAGAGAUAAAAGGAGCAGCUGGUUUUCUACCACAUACGGUUUCAAAGUCUUUCAACCUGUUAAUUGUGGUUUAUGGGUAGAAAAGACACAUUCAAUUUUGUAGAUCAGUUUUUGGGCAAGGGCUUUGCUCCUGCUGGGAGACUCAUCUGAGACUAUGCUGCAAAGUUGCUCUUCCUGGUUAUUCCAGAACUUCUCCCCAAUUUUAUUUCCAGAGCCUGUUGUAGACCCCCUGGGUUCCAUUUGAGUUACUUCUGACUGAGAUAUUUGUGUUGUAUCUGUAAUAUUGGCACUGAAAUAAAGACCAUGCAGUUUAAAGAGA